AUGACAGCCGCAUCUGUCAGCGCCAAAGUCAUUGGCACAGAAGGCUUAUAUCAGAUCGGCAAGCAAUUAUUUUUCAUUGCAAGAAUUGAUGGGGCGAAUAUGACGCACGAUGAUGAUGAUGAUGAUGAUGAUGAUGAUGAUGAUGAUGUUGAUGAUGGUGAUGAUGAUGAUGAUGAUGAUGAUGAUGAUGAUGAUGAUGAUGAUGAUGAUGAUGAUGAAAGAUGA